AUGACGGGUUUAUCUGUUUUCCACUUUCUUCUAUCAUCAAUCCUUCUUCUUUCCUGCGUCCUCCUGCAAUACCAGCCAGUUCACGCCAUUAAAAAGUACACGCAUUUGGAUUCUGAAAAUGCAUGUCAGCUGUUUGAAUCUUGUUGUGUGUGGCAGUCUUACGUUGUAUACUUAGGAUCACAUUCGCAUGACCCAAACCCUUCUGCUAAUGAUCAAGAUUCUGCCACCAGUUUUCAUUACAGCCUACUAGCUUCACACUUGGGAAGCCGCAAGAAGGCGAAAGAAGCGAUAUUUUAUUCAUAUAACAGACAUAUCAAUGGUUUUGCUGCGUUGCUCGAGGAGGAGGAAGCAGCAGAUAUUGCAAAAAAUCCAAAAGUAGUGUCAGUGUUUAUGAACAGAGGCCACAAACUUCAAACCACACGGUCCUGGGAAUUUCUGGGAUUAGAGAACAGUAAUGGGCAAGUUUUGGAAGACUCAAUCUGGGAGAAGGCUAGAUAUGGAGAAGAUACCAUCAUUGGUAACAUCGAUACUGGUGUAUGGCCUGAAUCGAGGAGCUUUAGCGACGAAGGAAUGGGACCAAUCCCUUCAAGGUGGCGAGGUGCAUGCCAACUUGACAAUUUUCGUUGCAAUAGAAAGUUGAUUGGAGCACGAUUCUUCAGUAACGGUUACGAGUCCCAGUUUGGCAAACUCAACGAAUCGCUCUACACAGCGCGCGACGAGUUAGGCCAUGGCACUCCUACUCUCUCCGUCGCCGGAGUAACUUCGCUCGUGGCGCAAACGUUCUUGGCUUCGGCAAUGGCACCGCCAAGGGUGGGUCCCCCCGAGCCCGCGUCGCCGCCUACAAGGUCUGCUGGCUCUCUGUCACCGGAAUCCAAUGUACCGAUGCUGAC